AUGUCCCUGCAGGUGAAACUCCAGGGAGUUCUGGGCCCUCUGAGGAAGGAGCUGAAGGAGGCCCUGGCGCUGACAUCUAAAGAGAAGAAGGAAACCACAGAGUGGCAGAGGAAAGUGAAGAAUAAGAGAGAGACGAUUGCAGGUGAAUUUAACAAGCUGCACAAACUGCUGAGAGAGGAGGAGCAGCUGCUUGUGCAGAGUCUGGAGGAGGAGGAGAGGGAGACUCUGCAGAGACUACAGGAAAAUGUCACCAAACUCUCCCAGCAAAGCUCCUCUCUGCAGCAGCUGAUCACAGAGAUUGAGGAGAAGUGUCAGCAACCAGUUGUCGAGCUGCUAAAGGAUGUGAAAAGCACAUUGAGCAGGAGUGAAAGUAUGAAACUCCAGGAACCAGAAGCCGUUUCUACUGACCUGAAGAACGUGUAUAAAAUUUCCCUUGACAUGAGGGAGGUGCUGAAGAGAUUUGGAGGUGAGUGGAGUCUAUUGGGACAUUCAGCUGUGUUGUGCCUGGGGAUCUGGACAGAGCCUGGGACCCCAGGACACGCAUGGACCCAGCUGACAGGCUUGGAGCUGUGUGAUAGCUGGAGGCUGAUGUGCUCAGUGCUGGGGAGUUUGCCUGAUAUUCGGACCCACUAGGGUUGCCAACUCUCCCAGACCGGACGUCAUUGACACAGUAUGGCAUCCGGUCCAUCUGGUCCGGGAGAGUUGGCAACCCUCGCACCCACGGGCUGGUAUAUUCCCAGGUGUCUGACCAGGCCCCAUCACUCUGACAUCCUGACCCCUCCAUGGCUGAGUUAAUGGGUGUCACUGAGCCAGGUGCUGUGAGGCCUGGACUGAGCCCAUUGUGCUGGGAGCUGCACAGACUGAUAACGGAUGACGUGUCCAUGCCUGUCUCCUGGGACAUGUGAGGGCUGUGUUGUGUGGCCACCGUUCAGCACUGCCCCAGCCCCCAUUAGCCAAGGCUGGCCGAGCUUUCUGAGCUGGAGGAGGAGCCGGUCUGGCUGCUGUGGUCUGACCUGGGCCGUGUGUUACUGGAUAACAAGCUGA